ACUACAUUCACGCUCGUUUAAUUUAUAUCAUCGUUCCUGUCGAUUAUUAAGUGACAGAAGAAAGAAAAAAAAAAAAAAGAGAGAUGUAUCAUCAACCAAAUCAUUCUUUUGAUUCUGCAAGACGAUUAUCCUCUAAUAAUCCCUUCAGACAUAUGCAACAAGCCAAUAACCUACCCCCUGUCAGACCAGGUAAUGUCAGAAAUCAUUCGGGCUCUCUGAAUGUGCUGACUAACUCCCAGGCUUUUGAAGAUUGGGUAGAACGUAAUAAAGUUUUGAUUGAUAUGAGUGAUGAUGAAAUCGAUUCUAAUCAUGAUUAUAAAAAACCAGAAUUUCCUCCAAAACCAAUUCGUGCAGGAAGUGACUCUAGUGUUAACUACAGUGAUCGAAAAAUGUCUUCAAAUAAUCCAUUCGCUGCUGCGUUAAAUGAACCUAACUCUUAUGUUCAUCGUCGCGAUCCUCCUCCUCCUCCAGUAUCAAGAGCUUAUAACCAAUCUUCGGCAACUCCCCCAGCUCGUCCUCCAAAACCAGAAAAUUCCUCUUCAUCAUCAAUUCCUCCUCCUUCUUAUGAAGAAGCCGCUGGACCUGAGAAGAUUAAAAGCGACUAUCCCAGAGAAAAAUCUUCGUCGUCGUCGUCCUCUCGUUAUAACUCCUCUAAACCUCAUCGUUCUCAUUCUGACUCUUCAAGACCACAUCGUUCUCAUAGAUCCAAAAGACGUCAUAGAUCUUCCAAAAACAGAUCUCCUUCUAGGAAGAAACCUGAACCGGUAAAGGCUAAAAAUUUGGAUACCAUUGAUAAAUUAGACGUUACUGCCUUUUUCGGUGGCGGGUUCCAUCAUGAUGGUCCAUUUGAUGCUUGUACUCCUCAUCGUAACAAAAAUCAAAAACAAGCCCCUGUUAUGGCUUUCCCAGCUGAUGGUCCAAAUAAUUCUAUAAAAGGUUUGGCUCCAAAUGUUAAUGAUGAUGAAAGAAUGAACUUGGCUUUUGGUAAUUAUGAUGAUAAUGAUCAUAAUCAAAUUGUUGGUAGAACUGGGUCAGUUAAAAAGAAGGUGGUUACUCCUCCUUCAAGUUCUCAUCCAAUUAAUGAUGCAAUUGAUGGUACUGAUGCUAGUCCCUUGAUUAAAACAAAUAAAGCAAGUGCUGAUCCUUCAACUACUUUAUACACUCCUAAACAAAAUCCUUCAGUAAUUAAUUUUGAUCCUAAUGUUAAUUCAGAACCAAUCCACGGUUCUACUACUGCUGGAUUAGGAUCUUCGACUUUCCUUGAUGGUGCUCCAGCUCCAAGAGUUCAAAAUGAAGAUUUCCUCUCCGUUGGUAAUGGUGGAAACGCCGGUGGUUUAGGACGUAAGAAAUCCUUGGUUCAAAGAUUACGUAAAAAUAGUGCAAGUGAACAUAGCUCAAGAAGAAAUUCUGGUGAUACUAACUCUGCUUUAUCAACUUCUCCUGAUGCCGAAUAUGGUAGAGCUAGCUUUGGUGAUGAUCCGGUCGUCGGUAAUAAUGGAGGUAAUUCUUUAUUAAAAAGAGUCAAGAGUUUGAAAGUUGGA